AUGGUUGGGUUAGCCGGUUUGGCGUUCCGGUUAAAGCUCCCGCCACCGAAAAAGAACGUAAAAAAACCCGUAAACGGACAUGCAAGGAAAAUAUGUAAAAAAAAUCGAUUAAAUGCCGUAUCCAAAGGAACCAAAACCUCCGGAAACCACGUCCUUUUCGCUGGCGCUACAAUCGUUGCCGCUAAAAUCGUCGGCGCCGAAAGCGGCACCUCCCGGCGCCAAUACGGACGCCGCACCCUUACGGGGAACCGCGCGGCUGUUUUGGGCCAUUUUUUAAAACUAUUUAAAAAGUUUAACGCAAACCUUAUUGCUAACCACGUUUUUGCAAUAAAUAUAUUUAAAAAACCCCGUACAAUUAUCGAAACAUAUCGGUAUACGGGGGUUAACGGCAUAAUUUUAAUAUGCUUAACAAUUAAAAUAACGGCUAUAAAAUACCAGCGGUUAAAUACUAAUUACUUACGGUUACAAUCGUUAAAAUUGUUGGAAUGGUUAUUAAAUGCACAAAAAGGAAAAAAAAGGCCGGUUUCUUUAAGCGUUGCCGGGCAUUGGGGCGAUUUAGCGGGAUACCGUAAAUUACCGGCUAUUUACGGGGUCGUACGCGCGGCAUAA